ACGAACCAACCUUUUUGCAGAAGAACGAAAGAAAGAAAGAAAGAAGAAGAAGAUCAUCGAGUUCGUAUUCGCGUUCUCUCCGAAGAAGAAGAAGAAAGAAGAAAGAUCAUCGAGUUCGUAUUCGCAUUCUCCUGUUUCCUGCAUUUCUCUUUUCGUAUCCAAGCGCACCUUGGAAUCGCUCGCAGUCGCUCCCUCCCUCCGCUGCUCCGCUGCCGUAAACGCCGCCGGCGAAUCUCUUAUAAAGGUUUCAUCAACAACCAUGGAAUUCGAUAGAGCAACUCGAGGGAAGGGGAAAAAGGGGAAAGAGGAGAACCUAAUACGACCUUCGAAAAAAACUUCUGAAGAAUACUUGGCGGAGAGAUUGAAAGAUGUGGUGGCUGGGGAGAUUCGAUACCCUCACACAUCUUCUGUGCCCAUCUCCAUUCCUCAAUUCAUUGAAAAAUAUAGGUAUUUAGCCAAAGGGGAGGAAUGUGUUGAUGCUUCUGAAACUUCACUAGCAGGGCGAUUAAUGAGCAAGCGGAGUCACUCUUCUAAGCUCUUCUUCUAUGACCUACAUGCUGAUGGUUCCAAGGUCCAACUUAUGGCUAAUGCAAGAAACUCAACCUUAGGAGAAUCUGACUUUUCAAAGCUUCAUAACAAAGCUAGACUUGGAGACAUUGUGGCUGUCACUGGCUUUCCAACAAAAAAGAAUAGGGGAGGAGAGUUGACUCUUGUAACCGAGUCAUUCACUCUCCUCUCCCACUGCCUACACAUGAUACCUUCAAAGGUUUCAAAGGAACUUGAACGAUGGUCUCCAGGUCAACCUCGAGAUCCUACUUCUUAUAUUCUCAAAGAUCAGGAAACUAGAUACGGCCAAAGAUAUCUUGAUCUUAUGAUCAAUGAAGAUAUUCACCAUAUCUUACUUGCCAAAAGUAAGAUUACAAAUUACAUCCGGUCAUAUUUGAACCGGAUGAAUUUUGUGGAGGUUGAGACACCUGUCAUGAGCAUUAGCGUUGGAGGAGGAGCUGCACGGCCUUUUUCGGUUUAUCAUGGUGAUAAGGACACAAGUAUGUUUCUGCGUAUCGCACCUGAGCUAUAUCUCAAGCAGCUUGUCGUAGGUGGAUUUACCCGUGUGUUUGAGAUUGGAAAGCAAUUCAGAAAUGAGGGUAUUGACAUGACCCACCAUCCGGAGUUCACCAGCUGCGAGUUCUAUAUGGCUUUUGCAGACUACAACGAAUUGAUGAAAAUGACUGAGGAUUUGCUGAGUGGUUUGGUGAAGGAAAUAACAGGUGGUUACAGCAAAAUCAAGUAUCAUGCUAAUGGCUAUGAUAAGGAACCUAUAGAAAUCGACUUCACUCCUCCCUUCAGAAGACUUGAUAUGAUACCCGAGCUGGAGAAAGCAGCUCAGCUUGAUAUUCCGAAAGACUUGACCAGCGAAGAAGCCAAUACGUAUCUGAUUGAUGCAUGUGAAAAGCUUAAGGUCAAUUGCCCUCCUCCCCAGACAACAUCUCGACUUUUAGCAAAGCUCGUUGGAAAGUAUGUGGAGGAGAUGUGUGUGAAUCCCACUUUCAUCAUCCACCAUCCAGUAAUCAUGAGUCCAUUUGCUAAAAGUCAUAGAUCUAAUGAUGCUUUGACUGAAAGAUUCGAGCUCUACAUAGUCAAACAAGAACUCUGCAAUGCAUACACCGAGUUGAACAAUCCGGUGGUUCAGCGAGAGCGAUUUGCUCAUCAGCAGAAGGAGAGGGAUUCUGGAGAUGAAGAAGCAAUGGUCUUGGAUGAGUCUUUCUGUGUAGCUCUUGAACACGGAUUGCCUCCUACAGGUGGUUGGGGUAUGGGAAUUGACCGCCUCACCAUGUUGUUAACCGAUUCCCUCAAUAUCAAGGAUGUUAUUAGCUUCCCAAAGAUGUAAGACUUUGUUGGUUAUGGUUUGUCGAGCUCUGCCUUGUGGCUAUGUGAAUAUUUGAGUCGACAUGACCCACCAUCCGGAGUUCUAUAUGGGCUUAUGCAUGACUGAGGAUUUGUUAAGUGGUUUUUUUUUUUUUUGGGAACUAAUGAUUCGGUAACUGAAAGACUAAAAGCCAAAAUAAAGUAACCAAGUCAAGGCAACGUUUGUUUUCUUAACA